AUGGCCUUCCCUCCCUCUCACUCCUUCAUCUUCCAAACCCAUGAAGAUCAUGACCACCACCAACAACUCCAUCUACGCUCUAACUCUUCCUCCCUCAACGCCUUCCCUUCUUUCCCACCCCAUCACUUUCAAGGUGGUGGUGCAGGUGCAGGUUUCAUGAUGAAGCGAUCGAUGUCGUUUUCAGGCAUAGAGAACAAGUGCGAUGAAGUGCAUGGAGACGACGAUUUGUCAGAUGAUGGAUCUCAGCUAGGGGAGAAGAAGAAGAGGCUGAAUUUGGAGCAGGUGAAGGCACUUGAGAAGAGUUUUGAGUUGGGGAACAAGCUUGAGCCUGAGAGAAAAAUGCAGCUUGCCAAGGCUUUGGGACUUCAACCAAGGCAAAUCGCUAUAUGGUUCCAGAAUAGGAGAGCAAGGUGGAAGACCAAGCAGCUUGAGAAGGAGUAUGAAAUUCUUAAGAAGCAGUUUGAAGCUGUGAAAGUUGAUAAUGACUCCCUCAAGGCUCAGAAUCAGAAACUACACGCAGAGGUAAUUAUAUGCAGCUUUUCUAACAUGAACAAACAGUUUUGGUUUUACACUUUUACUGUGUGGCGUUUGCAGCUACAAACUCUGAAAAAUAGGGACAGCUGUGAAACCGGAACAGUUAGCCUCAAGAAAGAAAAUGAGGGUUCUUGGAGCAAUGGAAGCAACAACAGUUCAGAAAUCAACUUGGAUCUCUCAAGAACACCAGUUAUGAACAGUCCUGUAUCUUCUCAGAAUGGAAAAAGCCUUCUACCAACUUCCCAUAAGCCAACAAGCAUAACUCAACUCCUCCAAUGCUCAUCAAGAUCAGAUCUCCAAGAUGAGAGUUUCUGCAACAUGUUCCACAACAUCGAUGAGCAGCAUAAUUUUUGGUCCUGGCCUGAGCAGCAGCACCAGUUUCAUUAA